UAGAAAAUGGCAUGUGAAAAGGGCUUGACUUUGGUGUAUUUCGAAGUUGUAGUUACGGUCAUACCGCCUGUCUCCAUUUUUCAAGAUGUCCUUUAAGCCAAUUGAUCCGAAGCGUGACGAGAUCCGGCGCUAUUUGGAGCGCGGCAGCGUCCUGGACUCACUGACCAAGAUCUUCAUACGCGUAAUUAAGGAGCGCCCGGAGAAUCCGAUGGAGUACAUCCGUAACCACAUCGGAGUGGUGCGUCACCAACACGACAAGUACGAGCGCCUGCAGCAGGACCUGCAGCUGGCUAACGAGGAGAUCCAGCGGCUGCGUGGCAUUAUCAACAGCAUCAAUCCGGAUGUGCUGCAGGGCCAUCAGCCCGUGGCCCCCAGUGAGGCGGCCCCAGAGAUUCAAGAUGUCGUGGCAGAGCCAACUCCAGUUGCGGAGGAGAACGUAGAGGCCAAUCCAGAGAAACCUGGAGAAAGUUCAGCAGCAGUUGCGGAGGUAACAGCUGCUGUGGAGGCCUGCCAGAUUGAGGAGAAAGCGGUCGCUUCCAACGAGGUGGCUGCCGUCCAAGUUCAUCCCAAUCCAUCCGUCCAAGCCGAGGCCAGUAGCGCCAACGAGUAGAUCUCAGGAGCCAGCAGCUCACACCAAAAACAUCCCAUCAGAACGCAUCCAUUUAGAACAAGUGUAAAGUAUUUUCCUAAACGUAAAUGUAAAUAAAGCGAAAUACAAAAUAUGCAGGUCUGCGAA